AUGACGUCUAGAUUCGGUAGAGUGGUUUUACUAGCCAGUCGAGCUUCAUUGCUACGACAAGUACAGAGAUCUACAGCAUUCCAUCUGACAAGAGCAACUGCAGCUUGUCAAACUAGAAAAAUUGCCACUACCACUGUAGCCAAAGAGCAAUAUUUACAUGGCUACAAAGACAGCGAGCGAUACCAUGGUGAAUAUCCCGGACGCACGCAUUAUUGUGGAGAACUGCGUGCUUCCAAUGAAGGCGAGAAGGUUGUACUGUGUGGUUGGGCUCAAUCGUCAAGAGAUAUGUCUCAAGAUCUGAUCUUUUUGCCACUAAGAGAUCAUUCAGGUGUUACACAGCUUGUUUAUAGAAAUUCCAAUGAUGACCAUCUUAAAUCACAAAUCCAAUCAUUAUCAGCUGAAAGUGUGGUUUGUGUAGAAGGAGUUGUGAAGAAGAGGCCUGAGGGCAUGGCCAAUAAGACACAAGCUGCUGGCGAUAUCGAAGUUGAGAUCACCAAAAUCUACUGCUUGAAUCCAGCUACACCCUCCCUGCCCUUCUGGCCAAAUCAAGCUCAAUUACCAAAUGAAGAGGUUCGACUUCGCUAUCGUUAUUUGGAUUUGCGUAGACAAGAGUUGCAGCACAACAUUCGCCUUCGAUCAUUGACAGCAAACACGGUGAGAAACUAUCUUACAGAGAAUGGAUUCACUGAAAUUGAGACGCCCACACUGUUUAAAUCCACACCAGAAGGUGCUCGUGAGUUCAUCGUACCUACCAGAAAGAGAGGUGCCUUUUACGCACUACCACAAAGUCCUCAACAGCACAAGCAAAUGUUAAUGGCCGCUGGUUUUGAUCGCUACUUUCAGAUUGCUCGAUGCUUUAGAGAUGAAGAUUUGAGAGCUGAUCGUCAGCCUGAAUUCACUCAAAUCGAUCUGGAAAUGUCGUUUAUUAAGAUCAAGGAUAUUCAGCAGAUUAUUGAAGGCAUGGUAACGUCUAUCUGGGACAAGGCAUUAGGCAAAAAGUUGACCAAAGAGCACUUCCCUCACAUGACAUACAAUGAGGCCAUGUCCAAGUACGGCUCUGACAAACCAGACAUCCGAUUCGACAUGAAAAUCAAUGACAUUGGAUCCUAUGCAAAGGAUGUUGCAGGCGAUGACGCGAUUGAUUGUAUGGUUGUCAAGAAGGGAUCCGCCCUAACUGGUGGUGAUUUGAAAGCCAUGCAAAAGGUAUUGGAUCUAACUGACGACAAGAAUUUUGCAUUUGUCAAGAUCAACGAAAACAAUAUCCACUCUUGGUCGUCUAAAUGCAACUCAUUACGCCACUCACAGCACAUUGCGCAAUCCAAACAACUUGAGCAACUCAAUCAGUCACUCGAUAUUGAGCAAGGGGAUUUAGUCUUGGUGCAUAAACGUCCCAGCUAUCUUUACGGUGGCAACACAACCAUGGGCCGCGUCCGUCUUCUCGUCUCUGAUUUGAUGCAAAAGAAGGGGCUUUUGACAUUGGAUCAAAACGAAAAGUUCAAGUUCUUGUGGGUUGAAUCUUUCCCCUUGUUUACACCGGAUGAGCAGGGUAUCCGCGCAUGGCAAGCAACACACCAUCCCUUUACUGCACCUUACGACGAAGAUAUCCCGUUGUUGGCUACUGAACCCGAGAAAGUCAGAGGCCAGCAUUACGACUUGGUGUUGAAUGGUAUGGAGAUUGGAGGCGGCUCGAUUCGUAUUCAUUCACCAGUGAUGCAAACAUUCAUCCUGGAAAAGGUGUUGCAAUUGGAAAAGCACGAGUACAAGCGAUUUGAUCAUUUAAUUGAUGCCCUGGGCGGUGGAUGUCCUCCUCAUGGUGGCAUUGCUUUAGGCUUUGAUCGACUGAUGGCUAUUCUGUGCGAAUCUGCCUCCAUCAGAGAUGUCAUUGCUUUCCCCAAAGCUGCUGGUGGUAAAGACUUUGUCGUGAAUAGUCCCUCUGAAGUGACAACGGCUCAAUUGAAUGAAUAUGGUCUUCGACUGGCCAAUGUGGAUGAAAAGAAAUAA